UCUCUCUCUCUCUCUCUCUCUCUCUCUCUCUCUCUCUCUCUCUCUCUCUCUCUGCUUCCAUGGCCUGCGACGGCGACUUCUGUGACGAUUAUUUACUCCUAAAGCCAGAGAAGGGAGAAGUGUCCGAUCUUUUCGGCCUCUUAUUUUCGAAGAACAUCGACCAUAACAAAUUCCUGGAUUGCCCAAGCGGCACAGAGAUAACAGAAGCCAGACGCCGAUGGCUAAUCUGUGUCUCCCUCACCGCCCAAGUAAUUCUCCUCCGUCUAAAGAAUCCACUGAGUUGGGCCGGAUCAGCGAUCGAGAGGUGGCUGAACCUUCUCUCAGAGAACACGAAUUUCUAUGCACUCAUUCUAAAUCAACUCCAAGGGAAGGUGCAGCCGGUCCCUGAUCUCGAUUCGGCAAGCUACAAAUCUUUCAUCGGAUUUUUAGAUGAACGGCUGGGAUUAGAUAAAGACAUCAAAAAAGGCGACAAUAGAUAUCAUGCUGCCCUCUCUGUGAUGGCUGCUAAAUUAUCUUACGAGAACGAAACGUUCAUCAAAAGCACGGUCACAGACAAAUGGAAGAUGGAGUUCGUGGAGUACUACCAUUGCUGGAACGAUUAUCAAGAGCAAUUCUCCACACAAGCCUUCAUGCUCAUGGACAAAUCAACGGCUCCUGAGCUGAUCGUGGUCUCAUUCAGAGGCACAGAGAGCUUCAAUGCAGUCGAUUGGAGCACUGAUGUCGACUUCUCCUUUUAUGAGCUCCGUGGCAUGGGCAAGGUCCAUGCAGGUUUCAUGAAAGCUCUAGGGCUACAAAAAAACCAAGGGUGGCCAAAGGAGAUUGAACAAGGUGAAAAAAAGCCUGCAUAUGCCUAUUAUGCCAUUCGAGAGAAACUAAGAGAUGUACUGCGGAAGAAUGAUAAUGCAAAGUUCAUCCUGACGGGCCACAGCUUAGGUGGGGCUCUGGCGGUCCUCUUUCCAGCGAUCUUGGCGGUGCAUAAAGAGGUAUGGAUGUUGGAAAGGUUGGCUGGAGUGUACACGUUUGGGCAGCCAAGGGUAGGGGAUGAGAAGCUUGGGAAGUUUGUUAUGGAGCAGUUGAAUAAGCAUGGUGGGAGUUACUAUAGGUUCGUUUAUAGCAACGAUAUUGUGCCUAGGUUGCCUUAUGAUGAUACAACGCUCUGGUUCAAGCACUUUGGGACGUGCCUCUACUACAAUAGCUUCUACGUAGGGAAGAUCGUGGCAGAAGAACCAAACAAGAACUAUUUCUCACUCUGGACGGUUUUGCCCAAGUUACUGACUGCAGAGUGGGAGGUAGUACGAAGCUUCGCCAUCGGAUACAUCAAGGGACGAGAUUAUAGAGAAGGAUGGGUUUUGAGAAUGCUCAGGGUCAUUGGGCUUGUUUUCCCGGGCUUCCCUGCUCACACUCCUCAAGAUUAUGUAAAUGCCACUAGAUUAGGAACAUCACUAAUAACCCAUGACCAAAUAAUUGAAAGCUCAAAGCUUGAUUAACGUAAGAUUAGCUUCUGCUUAUUUAUAUUUAUUCAAAUGAGGUCCUUUUUUUGCAUUGUCAACAAUCCUAUGCUUGCAAGGUUUUCAAGUGUACAAUCAGAACAUAUGAAGGCAUCUAAUAAACAUGGGUUUAAUUCACACUU